AUGCCAAUUGCCAACGAUGCCAGCCGAAAGGUAGUCUUCUUUGCAGGUCCUCACAAGGCUGCAGCCACUAGUGUAGAAGAGUGGUUUUACAAUUACUAUACCAAGGAAGACUCGGAUCAUUUUGCUCUGAGACACUGGAAAUGGCCCAUUGUGGAAGGACCCAAAACAGAUCAAUUGGACGAACCCUGGAAAGUCUUUCAAGAACUCGUUCUAGCACCAGAUGACUUGGAAAUGAAGGAAGAAAUUAUGGUUUCCAUUCAAGAGACCUUUGAUGAAUCCCAUACGGGCAUCAUUUUGGGAACUGAAAGCUUUGAUCAAGUAGGAAGGUAUUCCAAGGGAGAUGCCACAAAGGCCAUGAAGGACAUAUUGCAACGCUUGGGAGUGUCCGACAAGGAAGUCACGGUCGUCAUCAACUACCGAUCGCCUCGUCUCGAUCAAUGGAUUUCCGUUUGGAAGCACAGUGGGGUUCCCAGCUAUAGGAGUUUCAUGUGCGAUAGUCAAGACCGCCACCAACUAAGAGAAGAACGAAUUGAACAGCUUUCGACCCUCAUGGACCCUCUCUACAUGGCACAGACAUUUGUCAAAGAAGGAUGGGAUGUCCGACUCAUUGAUAUGGAAGGUGUUGAUAGAGCGAAUAAAGAUAUUGUCAAUGUGAUUGCCUGUGAUAUCCUUGGGGGCAAGUGCCUCAUGAAAGAUAGCAUUGUCUACGGACAUCGCGGCGACGAAACCCACUUUAAUGUUGAAGACAAGGAUUUUAGAGAACUCACUGCGGAGCAACGACACGAGGCUGAUAAACUGUUCCGAGCACGUGAUUGUGCCUUUGAAGAAUAUCUGAGCAAACAUCCCAAAUUUGAAGUGGGAUAUCAAAACAAUCUUUGGAGCGAUUGCGACAAACAAGACUUGGGCAGAGAAGAUGUCUUUGUCUAUCUCGCUGGUAUGCCUCAAGCCAUCUAUUCUGGUCUGGUGAAUCAAUUCAACUGUUCCGAAGAAGGAUUGACCAUUGACGAACUCUUGGAUGGGGAGCAUUUGGAAAAUUUGACACCAGAAGACGUAUUUGCGGAUUCCAAGGCCUCCAAUUUCUUCACUAUUAUCAUGUUGCCAAUACUUUGCAUACUUGCCAUUGCGUAUCAAGUGAUGAAGCGUUCGAAGGAUGAUAUUGGCGACGGAAUUGUCAUGGGGAAUAUUCGUCCAAACAUGAGUGGCGCCAAGGAGAAAAUGAGUGAUGCUGGUAAGAAAAUUAAGAGCAAGUUGAAGCGAAAGGACAUGUAUCGGGACGAGUUCCGAGACAGAAGGGGAAUGACAGUAAAUGAAAUGUCUGAAGUCUUUGCGGAUGAAGAUUGGAAGAUGAGCGUGGAUGACGACAAUCAGUUCUCGCUCUUCUCCAAGAAGAAGGGGAAUCCUACCAGUCUUGAUCUGACAAUCUAG